AGUGCUCGGAGCGGCGGACUGUGAUGGGCUGUCAAACCGCAUCUGAAGUGCUCCACCAAAGAAUAAUAUCCACUCCUGACCUACUCUGAAGAACAAUAUUUGAUUCAAUCGAUGUUGCAAGUCUCCCUCGCGGGGGAAUUACGCUGAGCAGCAGGUGAAGCCGCAGAAAAGAGCAACAGCGGACCAUGUGAUACUUGACCUUCACAAAGAGACUCAGGGUGGCUCUAGCGCCAUGGGCCAGCAGUGAAGGAAGCUUCCCUAUCAAUGCUGGGCCGCCUGUUUCCGAGGAGCACCGGGCAUCUCACCAUGGAACCGAAAGAGGCUUUCUUCAGCAGAGAGCAGCUGUGAGAGAUACCGGGAAGUGGGAGGGGGGGUGAAGGGACGCCGAGAGCUGCGAGGACAGGCCUGUGUGCUGCUAACCCCAUGGUGGAUCUGCUGUGAGCGGGACGAGGGACCCAGCGGUGGAGGAUGUCAGCAGAGGCCGAGCUCCAGUCGGGUGUCAAAACCAGCCAGCGAAAGGAGUCCAGGAGGAUCAAAGGUCAGGACCGCACGGAGGCGGGGCUUAUUAAGCGUUUCCGCGGAGAUGGCGUCCGCUACAAGGCCAAGCUGAUCGGGAUUGAUGAGGUGACAGCCGCACGCGGGGACAAGCUGUGCCAGGACUCCAUGAUGAAGCUCAAGGGAAUGGCUUCCUCGGCCCGUUCCAAAGGGGAGCACAAGCAGAGGGUCUUCUUGACGGUGUCUUUCGGAGGAAUCAAGAUCUACUGUGAACGAUCGGGGGUGCUUCUCCAUCAUCACUCGGUCCAUGAGAUCAGCUACAUUGCAAAGGACACCAGGGACAAUCGGGCUUUUGGCUAUGUCUGCGGGAAGGAGGGCCACCACAGGUUUGUGGCCAUCAAGACUUCACAGUCCGCAGAGCCUCUUAUCCUUGACUUGCGCGACCUCUUCACACUAAUCUACGACAUUAAACAGCGGGAGGAGAUGGAGAAGAAGGCCCAAAAGGACAAACAGUGUGAGCAGGCAGUCUACCAGACUAUCCUUGAGGAUGAAGUGGAUGACCCAGUCUACCAGUAUAUAGUGUUUGAGGCUGGACACGAACCCCUCCGUGGCCCCCAGUCAGAGGAGAGCGUUUAUCAGGUCCCAACCAGUCAGCAGAAGGAAGGGAUCUAUGAUGUCCCAAAACGUCAUUUCAUGACUAACAUCAACCACUUUGAUCUUUUCGGCGACAUGUCCACCCCUCCCUCGAUGCCCCCGUCUCCUGCCAACACGCUGGACCCCGGCAGGAGCAGCCGCCAGCAGCAGCAGCACGCCCCCGCCGAGCUCUACGCCCCCUUCAGCCCCACCUCCGUGCCCUCAGGCUACAUGACCAUGGGGCCGGUGCAGGCGGCUCAGUGGGCCCAGCAGCCGUUUUCUGCCCAGGCCCAGACUCUGGCCUUCCCCGUGCAGGGCCCCCUCCAGGUGGCCCAGGUCCUCCCCGGUGGUCAGCCGGUCAUCUGGGGCCAGGCCAACAUCUUCCCCGCCACCCAGCAGCAGUGGGCGGCCAUGGCGGCGUACAUGCCGGCGCAGACGGUGGGCGUGGGGGGGCACGCCAUCCCCGCCGCCGUGCUCCAGGGCCUGGUGCCCAUCACCGCCGUGUGCCCCCAGGGCUGCGAGCUGUCGGCGCCCUCCUCGGCCAUCACCAGCCCCCAGCACGCCGCCGACCCCGCCCUGCUCCAGAGGCAGCUCAGCCUGGGGAGGGAGGGCCCGUCCGGGGCCGACCCGGACGCGGGGGAGGGCCCGUCGGCGUCGGGCGGAGCGGCGGGCGGCGCCUCGGCCGCGGCGAGCAGGUGCGGGACCCCGGGCCUGGUCAGCGUCCCGGACACGCUGGCAUGCGGUCAGCUGCCGCCCCCCCAGGCCACCGCCACCAUCGCCGCCGCCCAAGAAGAAGAAGGCAGCGAUCUGGAUCUGUCCAGGAUGACCCUGAGCCCCGGCACGUCCACAUCGCCGUCCACCGAGUCGCCGUCCACCCCGGCCCCUCAGCAGAGCUCAUCCUCGGACUGCCCCCCCUCCCAGGCGAGCGACCCCCCGACAGAUCACUCCCCGCUUGACCCAGAGGCCAAGGAGGACCAAUCGGAGUGCGCUGUGGAAAGAUCGAGCUCGCCGGCGCCGGGUGGCCCGGCGGCGCCCGUUGAUCAGACCGGUCCCCAGGAAGACAGCUAGGCAACGGCAGACAGUGAGAAAGUGAGAUGGAGACGCUCGAUAAGCUUGUGAGAGAAUAGUAGAAGAAGAAGAGGACGAAGAAAAGGAGCGGCGACUGCGAGCAGCAGCUUCUCUCACGGCAGGAUUACACAGACUUCUCCUGUUUUUCAUUGUUGUUGUUUUUUUUUUGGUUUUCCUAAACCUAAAAGGGAUUUUUUUGGCGGUUCUGGCUAUCUGAGGAACUGCUUCUCCUCCGGAGUCGGUACGCUGUAACUGUACUGACUUCAGCAUGAAGAGCAGACUAUGGCUUUAUCGUCCAAUCAAUUAACCUUUCAACCAGGAAGUGACCUUUGACCUUUGACUGAAUCCCACCACGGGAGAGGGGGGUCGGAUUUCGCCCCCCCCUAAUGAAGUAAUGAGGUUGUGUCCUUGAGGGGAAAAGAGAGGGAAAAAACUAAAGCAGCAACUUUGACGAUGCAAAUUAUAUUUUGAAAAACUUCCAAGAGGAACGGCAUCAGGCUGCACACGGCGGACCUUCCGCUGGUCAACCGCCACCAGCAGGGGGGGGGAUUUGCCAAACGUCCCCGUCGGCACCGCUCCCGCCGACUCGGCCAUUUGCAUGAGCGGACUGGACACGGAUAAAGCGGAUUCAGCUGUGAGCAGAACUUUGCACGGCGGCUCCUUUCAAGGCCUGAAACGAAUCAGAAACAGUGAUUUUUUUGUUUUUUUCUUUUUGUUUUCUUUUUCUUAUUUUCUAAGCUGUGAAUUAAAAGUCAAUGACACGGAGUCAGAGACAAACAUGUGACUCUGAGGCAUAAAUGUUGACAUCGAAGUUUGCCAAACAUCUAUUUUGUAAAUAAGAAAUCUCUCCAAUCCCCCUAACCCGAGCCUCUGUGCCAUACGAUAGCUCUCUGCCUCUUGGAUGCCAACUACCUGUGUUUCUCUAAAGCAAUGCCCUACCAGCACCUCCAUUUUUGACAUAUGGACAUUUGUUUCACUUUCGCCGCCUUUUUUUUUCUGUUGUUUUUUCAGUUUGGGUUUUUGUUUGUUUUUUUGUUUUUUUUAUAUGUCUUAUAAUGUCCUCCUAUUGGUUGGUGAGCAACGAACUGUGAAUAUAUGUUAUGAUGAAUCAGAAUAAAGUCUAAUGUACCCAUCUCUUUCGUUUAAAAAAAAAAAACACAUAUGAGAGAAAUGAAGUGGUUUUUUGUUUUGUUUUUUGGAACAAGAGCUAGUUCUACUUCUCAAAUGCAUUAAGUGGCAGAUUUUCCUGCGUCUCUUAGCUUUUAGAUAUUCCCGCAUUACUGACUGAGAUCACACUGUUUACAAUUUGCCUCUGAGAAUCAUAUCUCUGUUUGGUUUCUCGGAGAAGCGAAUGAGCUGAAUCACGCUAAUAUGAUAACAGAAAGUAGAGCGCAUUUCGUUACCUUAACGGGUUCAUUUUUAUUGUCUGGUCACUGUUCUUCUUGUCCGGUCAUGGUAAACAGUAUACAGGUCAUUGUUGUAACAGAGCACUUAACCCUAGGUCUGCUUCACUGGACUAAUACGGCCAGAGGACUGGCUACUUUCCAUAACAUGACCAAGAGACGUCACUACAAACUGCUAGACUUACAAUAAUGAUGGUAACUGUUCCCCUGCUUGUGUAAGAGAAAUGAGAAAUCCUCCCAAAACAUUUUGUAAAGUUUUAUUUAUGGAAUCGAGAAUUGUCUUGAGAAAGGGAAUUUUGUACGUCUAUGACCUCCCUCCCCCAUCCCCCCCAUACACUGUAUCCAUGCCGCUGUUCAGUCACAAUUAAAAUACCAUGUGAUUCCCA